GCUGCCCACCGCGUGAUGAUCCCAGACCUUCCCGGAUUGCUUCUUAGACUCUGUGUGAGAGAAGUGGCUAAGAAGAGACGAGCGCCUUGGCAUGAGAAAAUCCUCAGAGGAGCCUGUGCUGCUUCCUCCUCAUCCUCCGCCCGCUCUCUGGGGAUGAAUGAAAUGAACCUGAGCCCAGUGGGGAUGGAGCAGCUGACUUCAUCCUCUGUGAGCAACGCCUUGCCAGUCUCAGGAAGUCACCUGGGGCUGGCUGCCUCCCCCACGCACAGUGCCAUCCCUGCCCCAGGCCUGCCAGUGGCAAUUCCAAACCUGGGUCCCUCCCUGAGUUCUCUGCCUUCCGCUUUGUCUCUGAUGCUCCCGAUGGGCAUUGGCGAUCGAGGGGUGAUGUGUGGGUUACCUGAAAGGAACUAUACCCUACCUCCACCACCUUACCCUCACCUGGAGAGCAGUUACUUCAGGACUAUUCUACCCGGCAUUUUGUCUUAUUUAGCUGACAGACCACCUCCUCAGUACAUCCAUCCCAACUCUAUCAAUGUGGAUGGCAACACAGCGUUAUCAAUUGCCAAUAAUCCUUCAGCGCUAGAUCCCUAUCAGUCCAAUGGAAAUGUUGGAUUAGAGCCAGGCAUUGUUUCGAUAGACUCUCGCUCUGUGAACACACACGGCACCCAAAGUCUUCACCCCAGCGAUGGCCAUGAGGUGGCCUUGGACACAACCAUCACCAUGGAGAAUGUUUCCAGGGUGACCAGCCCGAUCUCCACAGACGGAAUGGCGGAGGAGCUUGCGAUGGAUGGUGUUGCGGGCGAGCACCCCCAGAUCCCAAACGGCUCCAGAAGUCACGAACCUCUGUCUGUGGAUUCUGUGAGCAGCAGCCUUGCAGCAGACACUGUAGGACAUGGUGGUGUGAUACCUAUCCAUGGCAAUGGCCUGGAGCUCCCCGUGGUCAUGGAGACAGACCACAUUUCAAGUCGGGUCAGCGGCAUGUCAGACAGUGCCCUCAGUGACUCCAUCCACACCGUGGCCAUGAGCACCAACUCUGUAAGCGUGGCACUCUCUACCUCACACAACCUCGCCUCCCUAGAAUCCGUUUCCCUCCAUGAAGUUGGCCUCAGCCUAGAACCUGUGGCUGUUUCCUCCAUCAGCCAGGAGGUUGCUAUGGGGACAGGCCAUGUAGAUGUGUCUUCAGACAGUCUUUCUUUUGUACCACCUUCACUGCAAAUGGAAGACUCCAAUUCAAACAAGGAAAACAUGGCAACCUUGUUUACAGUUUGGUGUACUCUGUGUGACCGAGCCUAUCCCUCAGACUGUCCUGAUCAUGGACCAGUGACUUUUGUUCCUGACACUCCAAUAGAGAGCAGAGCGAGGCUUUCUCUCCCAAAGCAGCUUGUCCUCCGCCAGUCAAUUGUGGGAGCAGAAGUUGGUGUGUGGACUGGAGAAACCAUUCCUGUGCGAACUUGCUUUGGGCCUCUAAUUGGCCAGCAGAGUCACUCCAUGGAAGUAGCAGAAUGGACAGACAAGGCAGUUAACCACAUCUGGAAGAUAUAUCAUAAUGGUGUCUUAGAAUUCUGCAUCAUUACAACUGACGAAAAUGAAUGUAAUUGGAUGAUGUUUGUGCGCAAGGCCAGGAACCGGGAAGAACAGAAUUUGGUGGCUUAUCCGCAUGAUGGAAAAAUCUAUUUCUGUACCUCCCAAGACAUCCCUCCUGAAAAUGAACUGCUUUUUUAUUAUAGUCGAGAUUAUGCUCAGCAAAUUGGUGUUCCUGAACACCCAGAUGUGCACCUCUGUAACUGUGGCAAGGAGUGCAGUUCUUACACAGAGUUCAAAGCUCAUCUGACCAGCCACAUCCAUAACCAUCUACCUAGCCAGGGCCACAGCAGCAGCCACGGGCCAAGCCACAGCAAAGAAAGGAAGUGGAAGUGCUCGAUGUGCCCGCAGGCUUUUAUCUCUCCUUCCAAACUGCAUGUCCACUUUAUGGGUCACAUGGGAAUGAAGCCCCACAAGUGUGAUUUCUGUAGCAAGGCCUUUAGUGAUCCCAGCAACCUGCGGACCCACCUCAAGAUACAUACAGGUCAGAAGAACUACAGGUGCACUUUGUGUGACAAGUCUUUCACCCAGAAGGCUCACCUGGAGUCUCACACGGUCAUCCACACGGGCGAGAAGAAUCUCAAGUGUGACUACUGCGACAAGUUGUUCAUGCGGAGGCAGGACCUCAAGCAGCAUGUGCUCACCCACACACAGGAACGCCAGAUCAAGUGUCCCAAGUGCGAUAAGCUGUUCUUGAGAACAAAUCACUUAAAGAAGCAUCUCAAUUCUCAUGAGGGAAAACGAGAUUAUGUGUGUGAGAAAUGUACAAAGGCGUAUCUGACCAAAUACCAUCUCACCCGGCACCUGAAAACCUGCAAAGGGCCUGCCUCCAGUUCCUCGGCACAGGAGGAGGACGAGGAGGAGGACUCGGAGGAGGAAGACCUGGCCGAGCCCGUGGGGACGGAAGACUGUAGGAUCAGCAGUGCCAUGUAUUCAGCAGAGGAGUCCCUGUCUGCCCACAAAUAGAAGAGCCUCUGUGGAUGGAAAGUACAAAGGGAAAAACACAUGUAACAGUUACCUACCACAGUGGCUUUAUGUAAAACGGUCUGGGUCUCCUGUCCCGCCAGCAGUCAGAGCAGACUGGGAGCGGAUAAAGCACUUACGGAAGUGUAUGCUAAUGAAACACUUUAAAGCAGAUUGGGAGAGAGAGCAUGUGUCCUGUUAAGUGUGGUUAGGGAGGAGAGUGUCAACUUUUGAGGUCUGUUUAUGUGAUCGUCUGGAAGCUGCCUUCUGCCUAGACAAGUCAGAAUUAUUCCACAUCCUCCCACUGUUCCUUUCUCCUCCCAGCCCUGUGGCUGAGUGCGUGCUAAAUUUGGUCUCCACCCGACAGCCAUCCCAGUUGCUGAUUGUGUUUGGGACUGUGGUGAUCUGCGCUCAUCCAGAACAGGGUGCGACGUGAGUGUAAGGGUGUUAGCCUUCACUACCGCGAACAAGCAUAGAGCAGCACCUGAAGCCUUGCGAGUUGGCAGUGAUCUCGCUUCCCAAAUUUUCAUCAGUCAACCAGUGGGCAGUGAUGGAGAGAAAAGGAGAGACAUGUGGCCACUACCCAGGACCGUGUCUUUGGUGGCAGCAGGUGAGUCACCUGGUUCUUGUUUCAGAGAGAUCCUUAGAGGCGUGGUCAUUGUCUCUCUGUCUCCAGUCAAGCCUCCAGCUGUUCACAGGGGACGUGGAGAUAGAGAGCCCAGUUCAUGCCUGCUGGAUGGUCUCCUGACAGCAAGGACCUCAGGGCUCGCCUGACAUGGGUGGUACCUCCAUGGGAGGGGAAGAAGGGAAUGAUCUUUGAUGUUCCCCAUGGAAACUGUCCAGACACUACUAGAAUGUUGCCAGGUCAAAGCUACGAAUGACUCGAGGCGCACUGGUGCAUUUUCGAGGUUGUCUGUGCUGAAGGACCUCACAGAUAAGCAUGGAAGAUGCCACAGGAUUUGACAGGUAAAGAAGGCCUGAUGGCCACCCAGUAGGCCAGCUUUCAGCAACUCAGCCCAGUUACUUGUCCAUCCACGCGGUUGCUGUGACUCACGUGCAUAUUCAGCUUUUAGCAAGAAGAAGAAGCAACGCUAAGAGUACAGGGCUGGUGGAACAUGCUCUCCUGCUCAAGGCACACCCUCUGGUCUGGAGCAGAGGACUCUGGGAAGGUUUGCUGCUAAUGUAUUUAUGGAAUGAAUGUAUUUCAUUCAAAUCUGUAUUCCUCUAGGAAGGAUGAAAUAAAAACUUUUUUAAA